ACUCAGAGCAAGUUGAAGAGUUUGAGGGUCAGAGUGGGACACGCGUCGUUUCCAAGUCUCCUUCCAGUCGUCGCCGGUGCCGCCGCAACCGUUGUCGUCGUAGUGUUGCCUGUGGUAUCAUUUAUAUGCUCACUAGCAGGCAUAGAGUGGCGCGUCAACGAUAUAAUCGUAUACGAUCAUCAGCAUGGCUGUCGUCGCUGUUUCCAGCUUUGUCUCGUUACUAUUUGUGGCCUUGAUCUCUAUUUAUUUGGUUGCAAGUGAGAAUCGUGAUUUCGGAGGUGCAGUUUUCAGUGUGAAUUCCAAAUUCUAUGGAAAUGAGCGGUCACUUGGCGUUCUCAAAGCUCAUGAUAGUCUCCGUUUCAGUCACCUUAAAAUUCUAGCCUCCGGCGUCGACUUUCAUAUAGGUGGAAUUGGUCGUCUUGAUGAUGUCGGGCUUUACUAUGCCAAGAUUGGAAUUGGAACACCACCAAGGGAAUACUAUGUGCAAGUAGAUACUGGAUGUGAUAUAAUGUGGAUCAAUUGCAUAGAUUGCCAAGAUUGCCCCAAGAAAGGCUAUCAUGGGCUGGACCUUACACUAUAUGAUCGAGAGUUAUCACUCACUGGAAAACCGGUGAUGUGUGAUGAAGAAUUUUGCAGAGAGAUUAAUGGGGGUACAGUUAAUGGUUGCAAGGCAAAUGUACCUUGUCUGUAUACCGAGAUUUAUGGAGAUGGGAGUGAAAGUAUUGGUUCCUUUGUCAAGGAUGCCAUCCAAUAUGACAGUGUGUCCGGUGACUUUGAAACUAAGAUGGCAACCGGAAGCGUUGUUUUUGGGUGUGGUGCUAACCAAACUGGCAACCUAGCUUCUUCUGAGGAGGCAUUUGAUGGGAUUCUUGGUUUUGGAAAAUCAAAUUCAUCCGUCGUCUCACAGCUGGCUUCUUAUGGGAAAGUGAAAAAGAUGUUUGCACAUUGUUUAGAUGGCGAUAAUGGUGGUGGCAUCUUUGCAAUUGGGCAUGUUGUUCAGCCGAAAGUUAAUUCAACGCAUUUGAUCCAAGACGAGCCACAUUACGCUGUCAAUGUCACGGGAAUUGAAGUUGGUACAGAGUGUCUGAAUCUUUCAACAGAUUCGUAUGGAAGAGGAGAGAAGAGAAAAGCAAUAAUAGAUAGUGGUACAACUUUGGCAUAUCUUCCAAAAGUGAUCUACAAACCAUUGAUGGAUAAGAUAGUUGAAGGAUGGUCUGAUAUGAUAAGUAUUCUUCAAGACCAGUAUACAUGCUUUAAAUUCUCUGGAAGUGUUGAUUAUAAAUUUCCUGCAGUGACAUUCCAUUUUGAAAAUUCACUUUCCUUGAAAGUUUAUCCUCAUGAUUAUUUAUUUGUGUUGGAAGAUUUCUUAUGUUUUGGAUGGCAAAAUAAUGACAUCGAUCCCGUAAGUUCAAGUGACACGAUUGUAUUGGGAGAUCUGGUACUCUCGAAUAAGCUAGUCUUGUAUGAUCUUGAAAACCAGACAAUUGGAUGGACCGAGUAUAAUUGCUCUUCAAGCAUCAUGCUGAGGGAUGAAGCCACCGGAUCGGUACAUUUGGUUGGUGCUCAUUCUAUAACUUCUGCUUGCAGUAGGAUUAUUUAUAGCCCUGUGAUGUUCUUGUUACUGAUUGCUCUAUUGAACCUCAUAAUGUCUUGACUUUGAACUCCUCUAUAGACAAUUAAUGGUAAAUUAUGGAGCUAGGAAUUCAUUAAGGACUUAAA